AUGGAGGGAGGCUCCCCUCGAGGCGAGCCCCUCAUCCACUGCUGCGGUACCCCCAGCCCGCCUCCCCGGACCCCCGAGGCGGAGAAGGGGGAUGUAAACCCCCUCCGAGGUUUUGGCCCCCCUGACACUGCCACCCCCCCACCUCUGUCCACUCCUUCCCCUUGCCGGUGGCUUGCCACCCUCUCCAUCCCGGCCGUCCUCUCGCCCGGCUCCAUCCUGGCCUCCACGCAGGGCAGCGGCGGGCAGCAGAUCCUCCACGUCAUCCACACCAUCCCCUCCGUCAACCUGCCCAGCAAGAUGGGCAACCUCCAGACCAUCCCCGUGGUGGUCCAGUCCCUCCCCGUCGUCUACACCACCAUGCCCACCGACGGCGUCACCGCCAUCACCGUACCCCUCAUCGGGGGGGACGGCAAGAACGCCGGGUCCGUGAAAAUUGACCCGGGCUCCAUGUACCCCAUGGACAUGAACAGCGACAGCGAGGACAGCGCUUUCCAGGACCUCCAGAGAGAGCCGGCGGCGCGGGGGCAGCGAGCCGAUUCCCCCGACCUGAAGAAGCGGCGCAUCCACCAGUGCGACUUUGAGGGCUGCAAUAAGGUCUACACCAAAAGCUCCCACCUCAAAGCUCACCGGCGGAUACACACUGGCGAGUGCGAUGGCGGGGGCCCUGCGGGGCGAUGGAUGCUCACUGGGGGCUCGCAGGAGGAGGAGGAGGAGGCUGACGAGGGGGAGCCCAGACCUGCUACGGCUCCGCGCGAACGUGCUCUGGCUUUUGCAAUGUCCCCGUGCCGAGGAGCCACUGCCGGGCCCCAGCAGCCGUAA